CCCUCGUAGCUGAUUUAAACAUCCAUCUACCUCCUCUGUUUCUGAGGCAGAAAAUUUCUUCUGCAACUCGCAAUUUCUUGUUGCAGCGAUUCUUCUUUGGAUCGAUCACAUAAAAGAUGGCUGAGCAUUUGGCGUCGAUUUUUGGAACGGAGAAGGAUAGGGUUAAUUGCCCAUUUUACUUCAAAAUUGGUGCGUGCAGGCAUGGAGACCGAUGUUCUAGACUCCAUAACAAGCCAACUAUUAGUCCUACGCUUUUGCUUUCGAAUAUGUAUCAGCGUCCCGACAUGAUCACUCCUGGAGUUGAUGCCCAGGGUAACCCAAUCGAUCCCCGCAAGAUCCAGGAGCACUUUGAGGAUUUCUAUGAGGAUCUUUUUGAGGAACUAAGCAAAUAUGGUGAAAUUGAGAGCCUGAAUGUCUGUGACAACCUUGCCGACCACAUGGUGGGGAAUGUGUAUGUUCAGUAUAGAGAGGAUGAGGAUGCUGCAAAAGCACUUCAGAGCCUGACCGGGAGAUUUUAUGCUGGUCGUCCCAUCAUUGUUGAUUUCUCCCCUGUGACGGACUUCCGAGAAGCCACCUGCAGGCAAUAUGAAGAGAAAUCGUGCAACCGUGGUGGCUAUUGCAAUUUCAUGCAUCUCAAAAGAAUCAGCAGGGAGUUGAGGCGUCAUUUAUUUGGGAGGUAUCGACAAAGGUCUAGUCACAGCCGAAGUAGAAGCCCUUAUCGGUAUAGCAGCCGAAGCAGAAGCCCUUAUAGGCAUCGCAGCCAUGAAGAGUACUAUCAUGGUGGUCGUGGUGCUGGUAGAUGGUAUGAUGAUCGGGAUCGUUAUUAUGGAAGUCGGAGCAGGAGGCACAGGAGUAUCAGCCCUGACCACUGGAGAGGACGAAGUAGAAGCCCCGGUGGAAGGCGUGAUAGAAGCCCUGUUAGGGAAGGCAGUGAGGAGAGGCGUGCUAAAAUUGCCCAAUGGAACAGGGAAAGGGAACAACAGGAAAGUGCAAAAAAGGUCAAUACUGACAUUGGCUGCAAUAACCAUCAAGGUGGUGAUAAUGGCUAUAUGCAAAAUGGCAAUCAGGAUCAUGGAUAUCAGCGGUUUCUACCACAGCAAGGAGUAUAUUGAUAUAAAUCAAAUUAGAUGUCUGGUGGUGUACAGGUUCACAGUUUUGUCAUAUGGAAUGUGAAAUGUCUUUUGCAUCUGUCAUCAUUCAUAUACUGCUUGACUGCGUGAUUGAAUGCAUACCUCUCAAAAGAUUUGUUGACCAAAUUUAUUAUUAACUUGUGUCUGUUAACUUUAGAAAUCCAUAAUGACUAUAACGGUGAUCAUUUGAAACUUGAGAUAUUUUCAAAAUCAAGCGUUCUGAUUAUGGCAAAUGCUUCCAGUUUUACUUGUUUAAAAGUUUGGCAAUUGAUUUUGAAGCAAUUAUUUGCAACUAAGAUACCAUUGUUUAUGUUAGUAGUGAUACUGUUCUCCCAGAAUAACAAUGAGGCAUUUUGUGUUUUCAUUCGAUGCAUGCUUCUGCUGUGUGUGAGCAUUACAGUCAGGAACUCUUGUGAUCAAUGCACUUUUCAGGCUAGUAACCAUUUUUAUUCAAUUUUCUGUUCUAUAUCGGAUAUUGAUCCUGUGUUAGAUUAUAUAGCUAUUUAAAAAAUAAAUAAAAAGGAGAAUUUAGUUGAGAGCUUACGUAUUUGAAUGAGUUUUGCAGGUUCAGGUAUCCCUGCUUCACAAAGUUGAGUUUUUUGUUUUAAUAGAGGCUACUGUGAAACUUGUGUACAGGUUGGUUGCUGUUGGAGGAUGGAUUUACAGGAUCUAUCAGAUGACAUGGCAAAAGCUGAUACAACUGGAUUGCUCAGGUAGUUAAGAGGAUUUUCUGGCGUUUGGUCUUGUUGCAGGUUAGGUGCUGUGAUCGCAAUCUGCUGCUGCUGUGUUGGAUGACUUCUUUCUUUAUGUCUUUUUUUUCCCCUUCUGAAAAAAAUGUAACUUUGACUGUUGGAUUAUUGUUGAUAUGAGUUUGAAUAUGGACAUAUUUCUGAUUCCUGACAAGUUUUUUUGU